CGGACAGCAAUUGGAGACUUGAGGCGAGCAGCGGCCAUCGGCACGACGAUGGUUACUCUAACGGCUGGUGACUUCGAUGUAAUCUCCAACUCCGAAUCUUAACUCCAGCUACAGACGAUAAAGAUCUGGCCGCGGAGCACAAUUCUUUCAUGUAAUUGCAGGAGUUAUUAGGCUUCAUGUGAUUCCAAUGAUAAUGAUCAAGAACGAGCAGGAGAUCCGGACAAGAGUAGACACUGUAAACGUCGGGUGGCGCCAUCCCAAGAACCCCCGAGUGUGUCUAUUGUUGCAGCGACCAUUCCCAAUUGUCCGUAUUCGUGUAUGGUGAGGUCUUGGGGCUGCCAUGGUCAGGCUAGAGCUUCCACUCCCGAUGGCGGUAUUCAUGUCCGGUGACCAGUAGGGGGAACUUGAGCAGCAGCCCGUUCGCACCUCAUUGGUCUCCAGUCGCGAGAACCGGCCUAGGAUGUGGAGGCCCAACAACCUCACCAAGAGAGCGGCCUAGCCGAUUUCACUCGCCCUUGUCCUAACAGCGGCAAAGUUGUUGCAUAGCAAUGGCGGGGAGCUCUGCUAGAUUUGGUCAUUAAUGGCGGCGAUCCGAGGUCUUGCGACCCAGGCACUCGCUCAAUGAUCAGCGACGGACUCUGUAAGCUGACCCGCGGCGGUCAAGGACGAGGCGACCCGCGGCGGUCAGCGGAAACGCGACCCACGGCGGUCAGUGACGAGGCGACCCGCGACGGGGCGAUCCGUGGUUGUCCGCCUGGUAAGGCAACCCGCGCACAAAUGCCCAUGUUGGAAGGAAGUUCAGUCUCGCGAUUCACAAUCCGCGUAAGAUUUGCAACGGACAGAGACGGAGGCCCAGGUUCUGCGCAAUUAGUAGCGGAGCACGGAUCUAGACAGAGACGGGGUGGAGCAAAGGUUCCGAUAUGUUCUCGGCAUCCUAUAUGCGUCUCUAUGUAGAUUCAAAAUCCUGCUGCCAGUGAGCGAUGAAAACAUAGAUAUCGAAGAUGAUUCUUGAUCUAUAUGGGGAUGCUAUCUCCCUCUUGUGUGAGAUC